UCCUUCUCAUGAGUUUCGGCGAUGUUGGAAUGUCGUACACCAUCCGGGCGCUGGAGACCGAUUCAGUCAAGUCGCGUCGCGUGGGGAAAAAUUAUUUGGUACCGGGUAGAUACGUGCAGUGACCUCAUCCGACCUCAGCAUUCUCAUCUCAUCAUCAACCUCCCACGCUCGCUAUACCACCCAUCUCACUCUCACUUGCUCACUCACCCCCUUUCCCUUCGGACAACUUCACAAUGUCCCUUCUACGGCUCGCCUUAAUACGGCAGCCUCCACAAACGAUACGAAUCUUCCCCACGAUACGCCAAUGCGCUCUCCGCCCUGCCCUCCGGAAAUCUCUUCUUCAGAACCAGCAAUGUAGCCUGAGACGGCCCUUUGCCUCCGCACCACCACCGCCGACCACCGGUCCUCGGGCCGUCACCACACCACCGAACCCGAAGUCAGCCGGCGCCGGAGGCUCUGCCGGUCCCCGGGCCGGGAACCCACAACUGCCUGAGCGACUACUCAUCUACCACGCCGGUACAGGUCGGACGGCCUUUCUGGCCUUUUGGAAAAUCACCACCGUCUUCUCGUGCGUCUUCUUCUGCUUCGUAGCUGCUCCUAGUUACGUCCGCGCCGAAGAUAAGACGCUCACUGAGGCAGCGGGAUUGGCCGCCUGCGGCAUCAUCCCCUUCCUCUUCGUAGCCUACACCUCGGCCCCCUUCGUAACCUACAUCUACCUCCGUCUGCCCCCCUACGCGCGCCAAUCCCGCGCCCUGCUGGAACGCUACGUCCGCACCCUCCCGCCCACGGCCCAGCUCGAGAUCGGCACAAUGGGCCUCGCCACCCGUCCCCGUCUCACGGCCGUCACGGCCGCCGAGCUCCGCCCCGUGGCCGCGGACAGCGGGCCCUUGGCCACGCGCCUCGGCAUCGUCACGCAUACCAAGGACGUCUCGGCGCUGAUGGCGAAGCGGAGGUGGUAUCAUUACCGCCCCGUCGGCCAGUUUGGUAUCAAUACGGGCGUUGAGGCGGGCGGGAAGACGAGCAGCAGUGCCAGUACCAGUGGCGGCGGCAAGGGCGCUAGUCAUGGCGUCAACGAUGGGUGGGUGUGGAAUAUUGUGCGCGAGUCGCUGGGUAAGCGCAAGUGAACAGGGUGAAGGGACGGUCACUUUGCCAAGCGCGUCCCACCAUGUAUUCGAGAC